AUGAGCAUGCAGUUGAGGACAUUUUGAAUACUGAUUAGUGGGGACUUUUAUGGAAUUAUGUCAUUUUGACAGGGGCAGUGGGGGGGCUGGGGGGUAACAAAAGCAACACACAUUCUUACGGUAAGGGAAGACCAAAGGGAAGGAAGGGUGAGGAAGAGUGGGGGAGGAGAGAGAGAGAGAGAGAUACCAGAGAGCAAGAGAGAGAGAGAGAUAACAACGGCCACUACCAUGACUGCAUGAAGCGAAGGGGCAGUUCAUCUUCAAAGAAAACAUAUAAAAUUCUCCAUCUUACAACUCGCGGAUAAAACCAACUUGCACUGAAAAUUAAGCCUCGCCAAAGCCAGCGGAUUAUCAGACAUCUUUUUUUAUGAUGCUGAACCGCAAUCUCCAGCACGAGGCUGUCCUACAUUUUUUCCUCACUCUGUUUUCUCCGUUUAUUCCUCACGUUUGCAACGCAUCGUUGAAAUAUCUACGUUCGGAUGUUUUUUUCGUCUGAAAAACGUGGGAAAGACGUUUUUUGGUGCUAGCACAUUUCCCCACAGAGCAGUGGAAUGAGGUGGGGAGGCAGGGCGGGGAGAGACGGAUGCGUGUGAGGAGAGAGAGAGAUAGAGGGAGAGAGAGAGGCGACAGAAGCGCGGACGUUGUGGUGAUUUCCUGCUAGAAGAUAUGAAGAUAAAGAUGCACAUUCGCCUUUAAUCUAAACCUCUGCUUCCACUUCUCGACCUCUCAGGACCCCGUCGGAUAGAGUGAGCUAUGCUGGGUAACAGCGCCGUUCACUACCGUUAGCCUACAGCGGCCAAAGGCACGAUGCUAAUACAGGCUAGUUCAUAACCGCUGCAUUGUAAACAAAACAAGCCAGCAAACCCCAGGUGGAAAUUACUUGUUCAGGUUUCAUAUAGCUCAGAGCAGGCUUAAAUGAGGAUGAGGAUGCUCCGUUGGGAUUAUGCAACGCCCGUGUAGGGAAGAGGUCGAAAGACGUGGAGGAAAUGCGCCGUAUCUUGAGUCUUGAAGGCCUGGGAACGAGGUGUAUUGAGAGAGAUCCAUGUUGGAGGAGCCUGACUGACAUUACAUGUGCCUCUUCAACGACAUCAAUUGACAGUUGAAGCAAGAUGGGGAGCGACGGUGAAAUCCUGAACCAAGAGUUAGCAAAGUUAUCUGAUGAGGAUUUGCUGUCUUGCUCUAAAGAAGAGCUCAUAAACAGGCUACGGAAAGAGGAAUCGGACAAGAUGUCAGCGCUCAUACAACGUGGUCGCCUCAUUAAAGAAGUGAACAAACAGCUUCAGGGACAUUUGCUUGAAAUCAGGGAGCUCAAAGCCAUCAACCAGCGGCUUCAAGAGGAGAACCAAGAGCUGCGGGAUCUGUGCUGUUUUCUGGAUGAUGACCGGCUGAAGGUGAAGAAGCUGGCCCGAGAGUGGCAGCUGUUUGGCCACCAUGCCGCCAAGGUGAUGAGGGAGGACCUGGGCGGCUACCUGAAGAAGCUGGCUGACCUGGAGCGCAUGCAGGACGGCUUGGUGAAGGAGAACUUGGAUCUGAAGGAACUGUGUCUAGUGCUGGAGGAGGAGUGCGUUAGCAGGAGUGAUUCUAGCCCAGGUGGGUCGACGGAGCUAAACCUCCCAUGUAUGGUGGCCCGGGACCUGGGGGAUGGCAGCUCGAGCACGGGAAGCGUGGGUAGUCCAGACCAGCUCCACCUGGUGUGCUCACCAGAUGACUGAAGAGCCAUAGCACUUUUUCUGCUUCUCAGAGAACAACAGAAAAGGAACUGAUGUGGGCAAACCAGAGGAGCAAGGCAGUUUUGUGAUUUUUGUUGUCAUUAGGCCCACAUCUUGACUACUUCAGCUGGACAGAUGUGAAAGAAUUUGUUCAUUCUGACAUUGACGGUGGCUAUUAGGCACCAUUCUUUUCUCUUUUAUUUCCUCUUUUCUCUUUAGGGUGUUGUUGAUUUUCUCCCGAUGUAGAUGGACUUUUUAAAUGUGAAUGAAAUUUCUUUACCAUUGGUAUCAGACAUGAUAGGAAUAGUUUAAAGUGUUGAAGUUAUUCUUUAUUUUAACUGUUUCACAUUGUAUUUUUAUCCAUUAUUUAAAUGUAAGUAUUGAAAUCACUGGGAUGUUCCCCUCUCCUCUCUAACGGGGUUGUAUAUAGGUGAUAAGAGUGUUCAGAAGGAGGUGGACUUUUGAAAAAAAAAAUGGGAAGAACCAAUCAAACUGCUGACUCACACCAGGUUUUACUGUGCACUGAACUGUAUUUCAAGUGGGCUGAUGUUUUAAUGAUGCACUAGACAGGGCUGUAAUGAAUCUCGGAAAGAUUCAUGUUUUUAAACUGCUUAGAGCCAUAAAAUGAUCUGUUUGAGAUCAUGCACAAACAGCACUGAAUCAUUUCCAAGGGUGACUCAAGACAAACAACAUAAAGUGCUGGUCAAAACGAGGCCUCCGGUUUAAAGUUUAUUGGAUUGCUCAAUAGGGUCUGGCUUCGGGACCCUUCUCCAUGACGUGGCUGUAUUGUUGGAGGCCUCGCAAUGCCUCACUGAAACUGCACAUUCAGAAACAGUAUACUUUUUCCACGUUAUGAUGUACUGGUUGGUGUAGUAAGGUUUAUUACACUAAACUGUCUUAUUGAGUACUGCACUGGAUCUCAGCUGAACUUUCCUGCAUUGACCCAGCUUUAUGAUUUAACUGCACACACUUGCUAUGCCAGGCUUUUUUGUGUUUGGUGGUUGCUUUGAUUGGAUUUUACUAGACUACACACUGCAUUUACACACUGGCAACUGGUGGACAAUACAGAGACGUAUGUGAAUUUGUAAUAUUGUCACAUCUAUUAUUACUAUGAUUAUUUUUUUCUUCAAUUCAUUGUAUUUUUGCCUACCACAAGGUCAUCAUGCAUAUAAAUGUUUUGGUUUAGACCUACUUUUUGAUCAGUAUAUUAUAAUCAGUAUUACUUUGAUGACUGGAUUUUUUCUGUUUAUAGCAUCAAUCUUUGAUUAGUGGCUUUGUUUCUGGCUGUAGUUUUGGGCCAUGAUCAUUGUGAGUGGGAGAGCUUUAAAAUACACUUGACUGAGACACCCAA